AUGAUAAAACAUAAACGAGUUUCUCCUAGACUCAUUUCUAUUGGUACUAAUGCUAAUAAUAUUAACGAACUUUAUCCAAUACGUGUUAGUUUAAGCAUUAUUAUUGAAUUAAAUGAUGUUCAAUUUUACUUGAAAAUUAUUGAAGGUAACAAAAAUAAUGCUUGUUUACCUGGAUAUCUUUGUCAAGCAAAUGGCAAAUCAAAUGACAUUGAAGAAAUAAUAAGUGCUGCAUUAACAAACUUGUACCAACAAAUCUUUUCAACAAAAACAAAAUUUUCUGGACCAUGUGAGUUUGGAUUAAAUAAUCAAUCAAUUAUUCUUGAACAUCUUUUGGAGGGUGAUGGUUAUGAAAGUGCAGGUUGUGGAUUUAUGUCAUCACUUAGCAUCAAGGGAAAAAGAAAGAUUUUUUAUGAACAAAAAAUAACUGAAAGUUUUUGUAUUAUUCGAGUAUUUAAAGAAUUUUAUGAGAAAGAACAAACAAAAAAACUGGCUACAACUAUCGCUAAAGCAAUUGAUAAUAAUAAGAAAGGAGUUAAUAGUAAACGAGGAAUUCUUUCAAUAAUUGCUGAGGAUUAUAGUUUAGAACAAUUGAAAAUGCUAAAU